AUGAAAAGAAGGGAUUAUUCUUUAUUAAAUUACACACUUUUUAUAGUUUUGGUUGUUAUAAUAGCUUUUUUUAUUAACACUUACAAUCAUGAUCAUGCAGUGAAUUUAGCAGCGCUUCAAACUAAUUAUGAUUAGGUUGUCAGUAAAUUAAAUAUGACAUUAAACUUCAAUUUACCAUAAUAGAUUAAAACUGAAAAGAGAGAAAAAUUGAUAAAGAUACUCGAUGAUUUGUUUAAAAAAUAAUUCUACUUGGAAUUUGACUUAAAAUAGACCUCAGAUGACUAAUUUAUAGUAGAUUUAAUCUGUGAAGAAAGAAGCAAAAAUAUUGAAAUAAUUUCUACUUAGAAAAUUUAAUAUUAUGCUGGAAAUACGUGUGAAAAUUUUGGUUAGCAAUAUCUUAAGGAAUUAAGAAGAGUUAUAUUAACUUUUUCUUCUAAUUUGAUAGAAUACUCAUAUGAAAAAAGGUUUUAUGACAAAGACAUCUUUUUCAAUUUAUACUUUUAUCUAACAUUUGAAUAGACACCUGAGACACCUAAACAACUGCAAGAUUUAAAAAAAUCAAUCACAGAACAAAUUCUUAAAUUUUCAUCUUCUCUUUCUAUUUCAAAAGAGCAAAUCAGAGUAAAUUUAAAAACAAUCCAUCCUGAUGAAUAUGUUAAUUUGAAUGUCAAUUAAGUUUUAUCAUAAGAAAAAACUUCUAUUCAAUUCUCUGCCAUAAAAAAUUUGCACAAUUAAUUGAAAGGAAACUAUCAUAAUAGAAUCAAUUUCAGAGACUAUUACAACAGACAAGUAGUUAUCUUUUUAAAUUAAGCAGAAGCAAAGCUUACAGAUUAAGAUGAAAGCUUAGGAUAUUUUUUGAAUUAUGAAGAUGAUUUAUUUAUCAGUGGAACUAUUGAUAAUUUAAAGAGCAUUUAAACAAUCUUCAACAGAGCUCUUAUUGAGUUAUAUGAGUUAAACGAUAUUUAUCUCUUAAGCGAUUCACUUUAAAAUACUGAAUUAGACCUAAAUCUCAAAUUGAUUUCAACAUAUUUUGUUAAAAGAGAAUACUUCUGCACAUAUUAAGCAUUAUACAACUAAAUAAGCACUAUCAUCAAACUUAGAAAUACAAGAUACAUUAUAUUUGACGAAUAAAGCACCAAAUUAAUUGAUAAGUGGCUAGUCUAAACUGAAUAACUCUUAAAGCUCAAUUACAUUCAAAAUAAAAGCUUCUAAUAAAUAGUUUACUAGUAAGAUGAUUUAAAUAAGAUUGAUGAAAUAGGCUAAUUAAAUUACUUCUCAAACGAAUAUUACAUGGGUGUUUACCUUCCAAUUAUUAUCCCUGUUGCCUAUCCUUACAUCUUAGGAGUUUUGGGAAAAUACAAAGAAAUAAAGCAAGCUAAGAAAGCUAAUUGA